GGUUGUGCGCUCAGGGUUUCCGGAGGGGAGGAAAAAGAACCGGACCUGUGCGCCACCGACUCUCCAGUAGCCGCGGAAGAGGGCGGUCAUGGCGUCGGGGACGUGGGGGCUGCGGCUGUGCCGCGCCGUUGUGCACGGCGGGAGGAACUCGAGGUUUAUAGCAACAUUGCCAGCAUCUCAGCUGUCACCAGCCGAAUUGAUCGAAUUGCAGAAUGACCUCUUCAAUAAAGAGAAAGACAGGCAGUUGUCCUUAACUCCUCGAACGGAAAAGAUUGAAGUGAAACACGUUGGGAAAACAGACCCUGGCGCCGUGUUUGUGAUGAAUAAGAGCAUUUCGACUCCUCACAGCUGUGCAAUGCAUUUAAGUGAGUGGUAUUGCAAGAAAUCCAUUCUGGCUCUUGUGGAUGGACAGCCUUGGGACAUGUAUAAGCCUCUCACCAAGUCCUGUGAAAUUCAGUUUCUUACUUUCAAAGAUCACGAUCCACGAGAAGUGAAUAAGGCAUACUGGCGUUCAUGUGCCAUGAUGAUGGGCUGUGUGAUAAAGAGGGCGUUCAAAGAUGAGUAUGUGGUCACUUUGGUCAGAGCUCCAGAAGUUCCUGUAACAGCUGGAGCCUUCUGCUAUGAUGUCAUACUGGAUGAAAGACUUGAUGAGUGGAUGCCAACGAAAGAGAACCUUUGUUCCUUCACAAAAGAUGUUCGUUCUUUAAUUUAUAAAGAUCUUCCAUUUGAAACUCUGGAUGUUAAUGCAAAAGUGGCACUAGAAAUAUUUCAACACAACAAGUACAAAACAGAUUUCAUAGAAGAGAAGGCUUCUCAGAACCCUGAGGGGAAAAUCAAGCUUCACAGGUUUGGUGACUUCAUCGAUGUGAGUGAAGGCCCUCUUAUUCCAAGAACAAGUAUUUGUUUCCAGUUCGAAGUGUCAGCAGUUCAUAAUCUUCAAGCCACACAGCCAAAUCUUAUACGGAGAUUCCAGGGUCUCUCUUUACCUGUUCACUUAAAAGCACAUCAUGCAAUAUGGAGUAAAUUGUUGGAAAGAUCUCGUAAAAUGGUAACUGAAGAUCGGACUCAGCCUAAAGAGGAAAAUGCAUCAGCCCAGUAACUUCCCAGGAUUUAAAUAUGUAUAGUAAAUUUAAAAUAAACUUUUCUAUAUAA